UUCAAGAGAGUCGGAGUAACCUUCUUCAAAGACUAAAACAGUAAAACUGUAGACAUGUUUUGAUAGUUAGAUACCAUUAAAUAUAGGUGUGUACUACUAAAAUGGACGCGGAACAGGUAAAAACUGAGAAAAAGGAAAAAUCCGAGUCGGACAACAAGGAAAAGCGGAAGGAAUGCAGAAAAAGGCCGCACUCUCCCAAAAGGCGUGAAAGGGACGAAGGUAAACGCAGGGAACGGGACGAGGAAUCCAGCCACUCGAGAAGAAAACACGAGAACGGCAGAGAAAGGAGAGACAGGCGUGAGAGGAGACCUAGGGAAAGACACUACGACAUGGAUGACUACAGGCCCAGGAGACGCGACGACGACAGGCGGGACAGAAGGGAUGACAAUUUCAAGAGGUACUGGGGUGACAAGGACAAAAAGGUAGACGAGACUGAACCAGAAAUCGAAAGGAACUACCUAGUUGGUUCAAGGUACUACGCGGAGAAUCCAGCGAGAGAAAAGAAAAUGGCAAGUUCGAGCGGAGAGGACAAGGAAAACAAAAGCACGGAGAAGCCAGUGAAUCCGUCAACUCUCAUGACAAAAACUGGUGGAGCUUACAUCCCUCCAGGAAAGCUCAGGCUUAUGCAAGCAAACAUUACCGACAAAUCUAGUGCUGAGUAUCAGAGGAUUGCUUGGGAAGCAUUGAAAAAGUCUAUUCACGGACACAUCAACAAAGUCAACACGUCGAACAUUGGGAUUGUUGCGAGACUUUUAUUCAAAGAGAACAUUAUCCGUGGUAGGGGUUUGUUGACACGUUCCAUCAUCCAGGCACAAGCUGCAUCGCCAACCUUCACCAAUGUAUAUGCCUCGCUUGUUGCUAUCAUUAAUUCAAAGUUUCCGAACAUUGGUGAAUUGCUGCUCAAGAGAGUUGUGAUAAGGUUUAAAAGAGCAUACAAACGGAAUGAUAAAACUGUCUGCUUAACAUCUUCAACAUUUAUUGCUCAUUUAAUCAACCAGAGAGUGGCCCAUGAAAUUCUUGGACUUGAAUUGCUAACACUUCUAGUCGAAAACCCGACAGACGAUUCUGUUGAAGUGGCUGUUUCCUUUUUAAAAGAGGCUGGACAGAAACUUUCUGAAGUGACAAGCAAGGGUAGCAACGCCAUAUUUGACAUGCUAAGAAAUAUUUUGCAUGAAGGAAAAUUAGAUAAAAGGAUACAAUAUAUGAUUGAAGUCAUGUUUCAAGUGAGGAAAGAUGAAUUCCAAUCUUUCCCCGCUAUUAUUGAAGAGCUCGAUCUUGUUGAUGAGGAAGAUCAGUUCACGCAUUUGAUUUCUUUAGAAGACACCAUGGACCAACAAGAAAUGCUCAAUGUGUUCAAAUUGGAUAAUGAUUAUGAAAUGAAUGAAGACAAGUACAAAUCAUUAAGGAGUGAGAUAUUGGACUCGGAUGGAGAAAGCUCAUAUGAUGAUGGUGAGGAUGAUUCAUCUGAAAAUAGUGAUGAUGAAGAUGAUGACGAUAAUGACGAUGACGAUGAUCAAGGAGAAAAGAAAAUGACAAUAUUGGACAAUACAGAAACAAACUUAAUAGCCUUAAGAAAAACUAUAUAUCUCACCAUACAGUCGUCAUUAGACUUUGAAGAAUGCGCUCAUAAACUGCUUAAAAUGGAAAUAAAACCAGGCCAGGAACAGGAGCUCUGUCAUAUGUUUCUAGACUGCUGUGCUGAGCAAAGGACGUACGAAAAAUUCUUCGGCCUUCUUGCGCAAAGAUUCUGUCAAGUCAAUCAGAUCUACGUCGCUCCUUUUGAACAGAUUUUCAGCAACAGUUAUUCGACCGUGCACCGGUUGGAUACGAACAAGUUAAGGAAUGUCGCCAAAUUCUUUGCCCAUUUGCUUUUUACUGAUGCAAUAUCGUGGGCUGUUCUCUCGUUCAUCAAGCUCAACGAGGAAGACACAACGAGUUCAAGUAGGAUUUUCAUUAAGAUAUUGUUUCAAGAGCUCUCCGAAUAUUUAGGCCUUGCAAAUUUAAAUACAAGAUUGAAGGAUCCAAGCCUGCAGUCAUCAAUGGAAGGUUUAUUUCCAAGAGAUAACCCUAAAAAUACUAGAUUUGCCAUUAAUUUCUUUACCUCUAUUGGUCUUGGAGGACUAACAGAUGAACUGAGGGAGCACUUGAAAAGCCAGCCUAAGCCAGUACCUGUAUCACAAUUAGUGCAGGAAAUAUCGUCGUCAAGCAGUUCAUCGUCGUCGGAUUUAGACAGUUCUUCCGAUUCGUCAAGCUCAGAAUCUGAGGAGGAAGUCAAGAAAAAGAAGAAAAAGAAACCAUCAAAGAGUAAGAGUAAAGAGAGCGCUAAAAAGAAAACCACAAAGACUAAAAAACAGGUGAAAAAGAAAGAUAAAAAGCAAAAGAAGAAGAAGAAAGACUAGAAA